AUGCUCGCGGGCGGCGCUUCGACGAGGCCAGCGCUCGUCACAUUCGACUGCACCGGAACGCUCUUCGAGCCGGUCGCUCGCAUCGGCGUCCUCUACAAGCGCGCCGCCGUUGCCGAGGCGUGGAAGGCGUCCCUCGCACGCGCUGUAGCCGCCGAGGCGCUGGACGAGGACGCGCUCUCCGCCGCCUUUCGCAGCGCGUUCGCUGAGGCUGACCGCGAGCGGCCCUGCUUCGGCGCUGGCGCCUGCUCCUCUGAGGACUGGUGGCACCCAGUGGUUGAGCGGACCUUUGCGGCGGCGGCUGCAGAGAGCGCCGGCUGCUCGGAAGACGCGCUGCGUCCGCUCCUGCCGGGCGCCUUCCGGACGCUCUACCACGAGACGUUUGUCUCGCGCGCCGGGAGCCGAUGGACAUAUUGGAGCCGCAUGCAGUGGUCGGAGUCGACAGUGGCGGUGGCGACAGCAGCGAGGUUUCAAUCGGAUGUGAGUUCAUGUGAGGCUGAAAAGCGGGUGCGGCAGGGAGCAUGCGGCAGCCAGGGCGCAAGCUUCGGAGGCAAUGACGAAGGCUGA